AUGGAGUCCGUGGACAAGCAGAAUUCGCAGGAGGAGCUCGGUGACGUCGCAGAGGCGGAAGAAAUUGAGUCUCAGGCGUUCCAUCUCCGGGCGGUGGCCUUCAGGCGCGACCUGGACUCCCUGGAGAGCCGGCUGCAGUGCGAGGAACGGUCACGUGACCAGGCCGAGGAGGGCGUGAAGGAGGAGGUCUCCAGCAGCCAGGCGCUGCUCCAGACGCUGGUGCCCCUGUGUGAGCACAACCAGAAGACCGUGGAGCUGAUCCAGCGCCUGCAGAAGGCCCUGGGCGUCCUGCCGGCAGCCAUGAUGCGCAUGUCCACCCGCUCAGAGACCCUGGGGACCAUAAAGGAGGAGAAGCGCGUGACCCAGGAGGUGGAGGCCAUGAUCCAGCAGGUGGAGACCCUGCGGGGCGUUUACAGGGCGGAGCACACGGAGCUCACGGAGCUCAAGGAGUCGCUCGAAGAGAAGCCCGCCCCCGAGAACGGUGACCACGCCCACACAGCCACGCCCACACAGCCACACCCACACACCGCAGUCACUCAGCAGACCCUCUCAUUCAGCACAGUGUGCAACGACUUCGGCGCUCAGCAAGCUGCGGGAUCUCCGUACUACACGCUCUGGGACCAGGGGGAUGCUGACCUCGAUUUGGCCGGGCUGAACAGGAGGAACGCCUGGAGAGGGGCGGGGAGGAACGCCACGCAGCCGGCUCUGCAUCGCUUAAUUAACUCCACCGCCUGGCUGGAGUACAACGAGUCCUCUCCGACCAACAGGUACGAGGACGCGGUCUUGCCGCCCAUAGAGGAACAGGAAGCGGAAGUGAAGGAGAAGCUGUCGCGGCUGACCGUGCUGGGAAACAAACUCUCGGCCUUCGUCAAGGCCGUCAGGACGAGGGACCACCCGGUGUCGCGCAUGGUGAGGUCCUUCCCGGCGAUGGUGCGGGAUCGCAGCAGCUGGGAAUGGUGGACCCCGCUGGUGCUGGCCGUGAUGCUGGCGUCGCUCCUCGCCCUCCUGGGCACGCUCACGCCCCACCCCGCCGUGGAGGCGGCUCCGGCCAGGCGCGCCGCCUAG